AUGAUCACAGUUUGCAACAAUAGCUACGGUGAUUUCAUCCUCCUUGGCUUCUCUGACAAGCCAUAUUUGGAGGAGGUACUUUUUUGGGUCAUUCUGAUAUUUUAUUGCUUGACGAUUAUUGGAAAUAUGGUCAUAGUUCUUGUCUCCUCAAAAGAUCCAAAACUCCACAUUCCUAUGUAUUUCUUUCUUUCCAACCUUUCCUUGCUAGAUCUCUGUUUUACCAGCAGCUGUGUUCCACAGAUGUUGGUUAAUCUCUGGGGUCCAGAGAAAACCAUCAGCUACACUGGCUGUGCCAUUCAACUCUAUGUCUUCUUAUGGCUUGGGGCCACUGAAUGUGUCCUCCUUGUGGUCAUGGCUGUGGACCGCUAUGCGGCAGUAUGCCAUCCUUUGCAAUAUACCACUAUCAUGCACCCAAAACUUUGCUUGCAGCUUUCCAUUCUGGCAUGGGGGACAGGCCUUGUUCAGUCUCUGAUCCAAUCCCCUGCUACCCUCCAGUUACCCUUUUGCUCCAGCCGGAGGGUAGAUGACAUUGUGUGUGAAGUUCCUGCCCUGAUUCAGCUCUCCAGUGCAGACACCACCUACAAUGAAGUUCAAAUGUCCAUAGCCAGUAUUAUUCUCCUAGUGGUACCCUUGAUCAUCAUUCUUUCCUCUUAUGGUGCUAUUGGUAAGGCUGUGCUGAAGAUAAAGUCAACUGCAGGGCAGAAGAAAGCGUUUAGCACCUGCACUUCUCACCUUCUUGUGGUUUCCCUCUUCUAUGGCACUGUCACUGCUGUCUACCUCCAACCGAAGAAUCGCUAUGCUAAGGAAAGGGGCAAGUUUUUCACCCUUUUUUAUACUGUAGUAACUCCUACUCUUAACCCCCUUAUCUACACUUUAAGAAACAAAGAGGUAAAGGGGGCACUAAUAAGAUUAGGGAGAAGGACCUGGGAUUCCCACAAUAACUAA